AUUGUUUGUGUUUUUUUCAAAAUAUGGCAAAGGUUCAGGUGAACAAUGUAGUGGUGCUGGAUAACCCUUCUCCUUUCUACAACCCGUUCCAGUUCGAGAUCACCUUCGAGUGCAUCGAGGACCUGUCUGAAGACUUGGAAUGGAAAAUUAUCUAUGUGGGCUCUGCAGAAAGUGAAGAAUAUGAUCAAGUUUUAGACUCUGUUUUAGUGGGUCCUGUUCCUGCAGGAAGGCAUAUGUUUGUAUUUCAGGCUGAUGCACCUAAUCCAGGACUCAUUCCAGAUGCAGAUGCCGUAGGUGUAACAGUUGUGCUAAUUACUUGUACCUAUCGAGGUCAAGAAUUUAUUAGAGUUGGCUAUUAUGUAAAUAAUGAAUACACUGAGACAGAAUUAAGGGAAAAUCCACCAGUAAAACCAGACUUUUCUAAGCUUCAAAGGAAUAUUUUGGCAUCUAAUCCCAGGGUCACAAGAUUCCACAUUAACUGGGAAGAUAACACAGAAAAACUGGAAGAUGCAGAGAGCAGUAAUCCAAAUCUACAGUCACUUCUUUCAACAGAUGCAUUACCUUCAGCAUCAAAGGGAUGGUCCACGUCAGAAAACUCACUAAAUGUCAUGUUAGAAUCCCACAUGGACUGCAUGUGACCACCUGCCAUCCCUUUAGUACAGAUUAAGCUAUUAAAAACAGAACUAUUUCCCUGAAAUUCCGUAAGUACAUAGUCAAGACACAAUGUGAAGAAUUUGUUUAAAAACAUCCUGUAGAAAGUUUAUAAGAAAACCAGUAUUUGAGCAAAUUGUGGAAUAUAAAUACAACUAUUUUUAAGUAA